UUGUAUUCUACUUCGUCGGUGUAUGUUUGUUUAAUAUGAGAAUGUGUGUGUGUGUCAUUCUGAUGCCACAAAAAGUAUAUGUCCAUUUAUAUUGCAAAAAAUCAAGUUAGAAGUGUUUUUCUGCAUUCAAUAAUCUAUAGUGCAGAUUUGCAACAAACAUUCAUAUUAUUGCGCCGAAUUGCACACAAAUAUGUGCGCAAACAUCAUAUAAGUAUGUAGACAUGAACGCCCACAUCAAAAAGUGUUUCAAUUGUGAAAAGUGAAGCGUCAAAUUGUGAGAAAAAACGUUAUCUAUAAAAUUACAACGAUGUGCGUGCUGUGUGCAUAUAUAUUAAAUUCAUUAAAAUGAAUACAAUUUGCAACAUGUAAGACUUUGACUAUAAGUAUAAAAUCAAAUUAUAAUGUGGCAGCUGACAACAACAAGAACAACAUCAUCAACAACAACAACAACAAGUGGAAGUUGACGCAUUCUCAAAGUCAAGUCGUAGUACAUAUGAUAGACAAUGGAUAUAUCAGAAAGAGAAAACGCUUUUUAAAUAACACGAAAUUUUCUUCAAGCGUCAUUAAACAUUUAAAUUUAAACUUAAGGUAGCAAACGGAAAACAAUAACAAAAGCAAAGAACAAAGAUAGACAGUUUAUUGAAAUUGGGGAAUCCCCAAUACUUGGAUUAGCAUUGAUCGCCAUUUUGUGGCGAUUAUCGCAUUGAUUGUGGAAAUGAAUAUGCUACUAUAUAUUGUGGUAUGGCUUACUAGUUUCCAACUAUCGCAAUCAUCAAUUGCUAUAACCAAGAAUCGCAAUGAGCCUCUGGAAAUGCCAACAGCAAUGGCUAUACGAGGAGGAGGAGGAAUCGGAAGUGAUAGGAUUAAAGUCAAUUUAACAGAUAUCGCUGACAAUGGAAAUGGACAGGGAAAUGGCAAUUUGAGUACCAGCAGCAUUAUUACAAAUGUAGCCAAAUUUGAUACUAUGUUAAAUCAUUUGCUUGUGGACACGAUAACAGGACGCGUUUUUGUUGGUGGCGUCAAUCGAUUGUAUCAAUUGUCGCCGGAUCUGGAACUGCAUGAGACGGUGAAAACGGGUCCACAAAAUGAUUCUGUUGAAUGCACAAUACUCGAUUGUCCAUUGAAUGCCGUUCGCAAGCCGACAAAUAACUAUAAUAAGGUGUUACUGAUUGAUCGGGCCACCUCGAGAUUAAUUGCAUGCGGUUCAUUGUUCCAGGGCACAUGCACUGUGAGAAAUUUACAGAAUGUAAGCAUUGUGGAGCAUGAAGUGCCGGAUGCGGUGGUUGCCAAUGAUGCCAACUCAUCGACGGUGGCAUUUAUAGCGCCAGGACCACCACAACAUCCGGUGACCAAUGUGAUGUAUGUCGGCGUUACCUACACUAAUAAUUCACCCUAUCGGAGUGAAAUACCCGCGGUGGCAUCCAGAUCUCUGGAGAAGACGAAAAUGUUUCAAAUCGCCUCAUCGGCUGUCACAACGGGCACCCGAACAUUUAUCAAUUCGUAUGCGAGGGAAACGUAUUUGGUGAAUUAUGUAUACGGUUUCAGUUCGGAGAGAUUCUCAUAUUUCCUAACCACACAACUGAAGCAUAGUCAUCAUUCAUCGCCCAAGGAGUACAUUACGAAACUGGUGCGAAUCUGUCAGGAGGACUCCAAUUAUUAUUCGUACACUGAGAUUCCGGUGGAGUGCAUCAGUGAGGCUCAGGGCGGCACCAAAUUCAACUUGGUUCAGGCCGGUUUCUUGGGCAAACCCAGCUCCGAUCUUGCCCAGAGUCUGGGCAUUACCAUCCAGGACGAUGUCCUUUUUGCUGUCUUCUCCAAAGGCGAUAGCAACAUUCCCACCAACAACUCGGCUCUCUGCAUCUAUUCCUUAAAGUCAAUUCGUCGCAAAUUCAUGCAAAACAUUAAAUUCUGUUUCAAUGGCAAUGGAAUGCGAGGACUUGAUUUCAUUUCUCCGAGCAUGCCCUGUGUUUUAACGAAACUGCAAACGAUCGGCGAGGAUUUCUGUGGCUUGGACGUGAACUCGCCGCUGGGAGGAGAGCAACCGAUCACCGCUGUUCCCGUGGCCAUGUUCAACACUAGGCUGACUUCGGUGGCAGCGACGAGUACCAGCGGCUAUACGGUUGUGUUUAUUGGAACGGUUGAUGGAUAUGUUAAGAAGGUGGUGGUUGAAUCAUCGACAAUUGCCAAUGAGUAUGCCAGUUUGGCUGUGGAUGUGGGAUCAGCCAUUAAUCAGGACAUGCAAUUUGAUAAUCAGAAUCUAUACAUUUAUGUCAUGUCCGAACGGAAGGUGUCCAAAGUAAAGGUCUAUGACUGUGCGGACUUUGGAACAUGUGGUGAAUGUCUUGGUGCCAAGGAUCCAUAUUGCGGCUGGUGUUCGCUAGAGAAUAAAUGCAGUCCUCGGUCCAAUUGCCAGGACGAUGCGAAUGAUCCUUUGUACUGGGUGAGCUAUAAGACUGGGAAAUGCACCACAAUCACCAGUGUAGUGCCACAUCAAUUGCAGCGCACCACCGCCCGCACCUUGGAGCUGAUUAUCGAUCAUUUACCGCAGCUAAAGGAGAACUUAAUCUGCGCCUUCACCACCGAGGACAAGGCUCUGUUCACGAAUGCCACCAAGAAGCGCAACGGGGUCAAUUGUACCACACCGCGAACGGAUAUGUUGCCACAAAUUGAGCAGGGCAAACAUCAUUUUACGGCCAAGCUCUCGGUUCGCACCAGAAACGGACCCGAUCUCGUCUCCACCGACUUUACAUUCUUCGAUUGUAGCACCCACUCUUCGUGUACGCGUUGUGUCUCCUCGGAGUUCCCCUGCGAUUGGUGUGUGGAGGCACAUCGUUGCACCCACGAUACGGCGGAGAAUUGUCGCAAUGAUAUCUUGGUAACCGGUGUCAGCCGUAUUGGUCCUAGCUAUCGUUCCGGCCCCGGCUUCUGUCCAACCAUCAAUGCCACCGGCGAUGGCAGUGAAGUUCUUGUCGCCGCCGGCACCAGUAAAUCCAUCAAGGUCAAGGUUCACAUCAUCGGGCAAUUCAUUGUGCAGACACGUUUCGUUUGCCAGUUUAAUAUCGAAGGUCGAGUCACGAGCCUAAAUGCUCAAUUACUCGGCGAUACCAUAUAUUGUGACAGUAUGGAGUUUCAAUAUACAUCACGAUCUCCGAAUCUGACAGCCACCUUCGCCGUCAUCUGGGGUGGAUCGAAGCCCCUCGAUAAUCCCCACAAUAUACACGUUGUGAUAUAUCGAUGUCGGGAUAUGGCCGAUAGCUGUGGAAUAUGUUUGGCCCUGGAUGAGAAAUAUAAUUGCGGCUGGUGCUCGUCCACGAAUACAUGCGAGGUGGUUGAGCAGUGCAACAAGAAUAAUGAGGGUAAAACCGAUUGGUUGAAUCGCAGCGAGAUCUGCCCAAAUCCGGAGAUACAUUCGUUUGGUCCCAAAACUGGACCCUGGGAGGGUGGUACAAAUAUAACGAUUAAAGGGAUUAACCUUGGCAAGAACUAUAAUGACAUCUAUUCGGGUGUUCGAAUUGCCGGCAUCAAUUGUAUGCCAUUUCAACAGUUCUACAUUGACACGAAACAAAUCGUUUGCACUGUGGACAGUCCCGGCGAGCAAAUGUACCGAAAUGGAAGGAUUGUUGUCCAAAUCGGUGAUUAUCGCGGUGAAUCGAAGGAGGACUAUGAAUUUGUUGAUCCGAAAAUCUCCAAUUUUCAUCCGCGAUUUGGUCCAACAUCGGGAGGAACACAGAUCCGGAUAUUGGGCAAACAUUUGAAUGCAGGAUCUCGAAUUCAGGCGUUCAUCAACGAUCAUUUGCCGUGUAAGAUCAUUAGCACGGACUCGUCUCAGACAAUUUGCCGUACUUCCCCGUCACCGGGCAUCAUUGAAGGACGCCUCAAGAUGUCCUUCGACAAUGGGCCGCGAGAGUUUAACGAUUACAAUUUCAAAUAUGUACUCGAUCCAACCGUUGAGCAAGUGAGCUCUGGUCCUAGUGGACAAAUUAAAGUGCCAAAGGGCAUUCCAGCUGGCGGCAUCCGGAUUGCAGUCACGGGAACUCAGUUUACAAGCAUCCAAGCGCCGAGCAUCUAUGUUUUUUACAAGGAUCGCAUGUAUGCGAGUCUGUGUCGAGUGAUGUCGGAUACGGAAAUGGAAUGUCCGUCGCCAGUUAUUGAGACGGAGGUGGGACAAAUCUUUGAUCCGGAGAAUCCACAGUUGCUGGAAUACGGCUUCCUUAUGGAUAAUGUAUUGCGAGUGCAGAAUUUAUCCAAGACGCACAACAAUUACUUUGAACUGUAUCCGAAUCCCGAAUAUUUUACAUUCGAGGAGCGUGUCAAAUACUUUAAGAGCGAAUAUCUAACCAUCAACGGACGCAAUCUGGAUCGGGCGUGCAAGGAGACCGAUGUCGAGGUGAAGAUCGGCAAUGGUUACUGUAAUAUAACAUCACUAUCGCGACAACAACUGACCUGUCGACCGCCGACAGAGGCCGCUGCUGCCAGCGAUAGUCCCAGUGGACCGGAGGUGAUUGUCCGCAUCGGCUCGUCGCUGGAGUAUCGCAUCGGGAUUCUCAGUUACGAGUCCUCCAACAUCAUAAUGGACUGGGGCGACAAUGUGGUAUUUGGCGUCAUUGCCGGCAGUGUUGUGUUCCUAUUGAUCUUUGUGGCAUUGCUUGUCGCGUACCGAAAGAAAACCUCGGAAUCGAAUCGUGUUCUACGCAAUAUGCAGGAGCAAAUGGAUAUUUUGGAGCUACGUGUCGCUGCCGAAUGCAAGGAGGCAUUUGCCGAACUCCAAACCGAAAUGACAGACCUCACGGGCGAUCUGACAUCGGGUGGUAUACCAUUUUUGGAUUAUCGCUCCUAUGCCAUGAAGAUAUUGUUCCCCAAUCAUGAGGAUCACAUUGUCCUGCAAUGGGAGCGGCCCGAGCUGUUGCGCAAAGAGAAAGGAUUGCGUUUAUUUGCUCAACUUAUAAUGAAUAAAACAUUCCUUUUGCUAUUUAUACGCACACUGGAGUCCAAUCGCUAUUUCUCGAUGCGAGAGCGAGUUAAUGUCGCCUCAUUAAUAAUGGUAACCCUACAAUCAAAGCUCGAAUAUUGCACGGAUAUAUUGAAGACAUUAUUGGGCGAUUUAAUUGAGAAGUGCAUUGAGGGCAAAAGUCAUCCAAAACUAUUGCUGCGUCGUACUGAAAGUGUGGCUGAAAAAAUGCUGAGUGCUUGGUUCACAUUUCUCCUAUACAAAUUUUUAAAGGAAUGCGCUGGAGAACCGCUUUAUAUGCUAUUUCGUGCUGUUAAGGGACAGGUGGAUAAGGGACCAGUCGAUGCCUGUACUCAUGAGGCACGUUAUUCCUUAAGCGAGGAGAAACUAAUCCGUCAAUCCAUCGAUUUUCGACCAAUGACUGUCAAUGCCAGCAUUAUACAGCAGCCCAUAUUUUGCAAUAACCUGGAUAUGUUGCCACCUCAUACGGAGAAUGUGUCCGUUAAGGUCCUCGACUGUGACACGAUUGGCCAAGUGAAGGAGAAAUGCUUGGAAACUAUCUAUAAGAAUAUACCAUCCAGUCAAAGGCCGCGUAAAGAUGAUUUAGACUUGGAAUGGCGAACCGGAGCAACUGGACGGGUUAUAUUGUAUGAUGAGGAUGCCACUUCGAAAACGGAAAGUGAAUGGAAAAAAUUGAACACAUUGCAGCAUUACAAUGUACCAGAUGGUGCUGGACUCAGUCUUGUACCCAAGCAAAGUUCCAUCUAUAAUUUUAGCAUUUUAUCCGAUAAAAACGAAAAAUCUCACAAGUACGAAACGCUGAAUAUAUCGAAGUACACAUCAUCUUCGCCAACGUUCAGUCGUGCUGGCAGUCCAUUGAAUAAUGAUAUGCAUGACAAUGGAUUGAAAUACUGGCAUUUGGUUAAACAUCAUGACAGUGACAUACAAAAGGAAGGGGAACGCGUUAAUAAACUCGUCUCGGAAAUCUAUUUGACAAGACUGCUGGCAACUAAGGGUACUUUGCAGAAAUUUGUGGAUGAUCUCUUUGAGACAAUAUUCAGUACGGCUCAUAGAGGAUCUGCAUUGCCCCUGGCAAUUAAAUAUAUGUUUGACUUUUUGGAUGACCAAGCCCUUUUGCAUGGAAUUACUGAUCCAGAAGUGGUCCACACCUGGAAGAGCAACAGUUUACCAUUGCGGUUUUGGGUGAACUUGAUAAAAAAUCCAAAUUUUGUAUUUGAUAUUCAUAAAUCGAAUAUAGUGGACUCUUGUCUGUCUGUCGUGGCUCAAACAUUUAUGGAUUCUUGUUCGACUUCCGACCAUCGAUUAGGCAAAGAUUCGCCAAGCUCAAAAUUAUUGUACGCAAAGGAUAUACCCGAAUAUCGCAAGUGGGUUGACCGAUAUUACAGAGAUAUUAGGGAUAUGUCGUCAAUAUCUGAUCAGGACAUGAAUGCAAUGCUCGCUGAAGAGUCCAGACUACACACAACCGAGUUUAAUACAAAUUGUGCUUUACAUGAGCUCUACACUUACGCUGUCAAGUAUAAUGAGCAGCUAACGGUCACUUUGGAGGAGGAUGAAUUUUCGCAAAAACAACGACUUGCUUUUAAAUUGGAACAGGUUCACAAUAUAAUGUCGGCUGAAUAAAUCUCAACCAAUUGAUAAAAAAAACAAAUAACAAAAACAAUAGAUGAGAAGAAUAAUAUGAUAAUAUGAUAUUGAAUGUUUUUAUGUAUUAUCAUCAACCCAAUUAGAAUUUAGCAGGAAAUGCCAUUCUCUAUCCAUAACAUUUCAUAUGCAUAUAUGUAUGAAUGUAUGUAUAUGUAAGUGUACCGCAUGUGUAAGCCUCAUAAUGAAUAUAUAUAUACUAAUAUAGUAUAGUAUGUGAAGUAUAUUGAUAUGUUCCAAUAUUUAACCUAUAUGUGUAUGUAUGUAUAUGUAAUGUGUGUACUAUGUGAUGCAGGACAUGAUAUUUCAAGCUGCAAAAUAAUACUACUGCCAUAAAGAACAAGAAGUAAAA